CAUAUAACAAACUUCAUUAUUGGUGAAUUUGUUACGGUAGGGUAUAAAUUCUCCUUAACAUUCUUGUUCAUAAGGAUUAUGCAUGUAUUUACACAAUUCCCAUACUAUACUCACCUUAUACUAUCUUCUAAUCUGGUCUCUUUUACCUCAGGGCAUGUGUUUGCUUUUGGAGAAUCUAGGGCUUUAGCAAUUGCAAAUAUGGUUCUAGGGCUGAAGGAGAUUCAAAUUCGGGGAGAAAUCCGUACCAAUGUUGAUUACACCAUUGAUCUUCUGAAUGCUUCUGACUACAGAGACAACAAAAUUCACACAGGUUGGCUAGAUAGUAGAAUUGCAAUGCGUGUUAGAGCAGAGAGGCCUCCCUGGUAUCUUUCUGUUGUUGCAGGGGCACUCUAUAAAGCUUCUGCUAGCAGUGCAGCUUUGGUUUCAGACUAUGUUGGCUAUCUUGAAAAGGGACAAAUCCCUCCCAAGCACAUAUCUCUUGUCCAUUCUCAAGUGGCCUUGAACAUUGAGGGAAGCAAAUAUACAAUUGACAUGAUACGAGGUGGAUCUGGAAGUUAUAGAUUGAGAAUGAAUCAAUCAGAGAUAGAAGCAGAAAUACACACUUUACGUGAUGGAGGUUUGCUAAUGCAGCUGGACGGAAACAGUCAUGUAAUAUAUGCAGAGGAAGAAGCAGCUGGAACUCGCCUUCUAAUAGAUGGAAGAACUUGCUUGCUUCAGAAUGAUCAUGAUCCAUCAAAGUUGGUGGCGGAGACACCAUGCAAGCUUUUGAGAUAUUUGGUCGCGGAUGACAGUCAUGUUGAUGCUGACACACCAUAUGCUGAAGUUGAGGUCAUGAAAAUGUGCAUGCCUCUUCUUUCACCUGCUUCUGGAAUUAUUCAUUUCAAAAUGUCUGAAGGUCAAGCAAUGCAGGCUGGUGAACUUAUAGCAAGUCUUGACCUAGAUGAUCCUUCAGCUGUAAGAAAGGCAGAGCCCUUCACAGGGAGCUUCCCACUCCUGGGACCUCCUACUGCAAUUUCUGGUAAAGUUCAUCAGAAAUGUGCAGCAAGCUUAAAUGCUGCAAGGAUGAUUCUUGCUGGGUAUGAGCACAAUAUUGAUGAAGUUGUGCAAAGUUUGCUUAAUUGUCUUGAUAGUCCUGAGUUGCCUUUCCUUCAAUGGCAAGAGUGCUUGGCUGUUCUGGCAACCCGUCUUCCCAAAGAUCUAAAAAAUGAGCUGGAAUCAAAAUAUAAGGAGUUUGAGAGGAUUUCAAGCUCCCAAAUUGUUGAUUUCCCUGCCAAAUUAUUGAAGGGAAUUCUUGAAGCUCAUCUUUCUUCCUGUCCCGAGAAAGAAAAAGGAGCCCAAGAAAGACUAGUUGAACCUCUUCUGAGUCUUGUUAAGUCUUAUGAGGGUGGACGAGAGAGCCAUGCCCAUAUAAUUGUUCAAUCCCUUUUUGAAGAGUAUCUUUCUGUUGAGGAAUUAUUUAGCGAUAAUAUUCAGGCUGAUGUAAUUGAACGUCUGCGUCUUCAAUACAAGAAGGAUUUAUUGAAGAUUGUUGAUAUUGUGCUCUCUCAUCAGGGCAUCAAGAGUAAAAAUAAGCUGAUAUUGCGUCUAAUGGAUAAAUUGGUUUACCCUAAUCCUGCUGCUUACAGGGAUCAGUUAAUCCGUUUUUCUUUACUCAACCAUACAAGUUAUUCUGAGUUGGCACUAAAGGCAAGUCAACUGCUGGAACAAACUAAAUUAAGUGAACUUCGAUCCAACAUUGCUAGAAGUCUCUCUGAACUAGAGAUGUUCACAGAGGAUGGUGAAAAUAUUGAUACUCCCAAGAGGAAGAGUGCCAUCAACGACCGAAUGGAGGACCUUGUCAGUGCUCCUUUGGCUGUUGAAGAUGCCCUUGUGGGUUUAUUUGAUCACAGUGAUCACACCCUCCAGAGGAGGGUCGUUGAAACUUAUAUUCGCAGACUCUACCAGCCUUAUCUUGUCAAAGGGAGUGUUAGGAUACAAUGGCACAGAUCUGGUCUUAUUGCCACGUGGGAGUUCUAUGAUGAGUACAUUGAAAGGAAGAAUGGGGUUGAAGACCAAACUUCGAAGAAAUCAGUGGAGGAGAAAGACAGUGAGAAAAAGUGGGGAGUGAUGGUUGUAAUUAAAUCUCUUCAAUUUUUGUCUGCAAUUAUCAGUGCUGCAUUGAGGGAGGCGACCAGUAACCUUCAUGACGCACUGACCAGUGGUUCUGCGGAACCAGUUAACCAUGGUAAUAUGAUGCAUAUUGGAUUAGUGGGCAUCAACAACCAGAUGAGUUUAUUGCAAGACAGCGGUGAUGAGGAUCAGGCUCAAGAAAGAAUCAAUAAAUUAGCUAAAAUACUCAAAGAGCAGGAAGUAGGCUCCACCAUUAGAGCUGCAGGUGUCGGUGUAAUCAGUUGUAUCAUCCAAAGGGAUGAAGGACGUGCCCCAAUGAGGCACUCUUUUCACUGGUCAGAAGAAAAGCUGUACUAUGCAGAGGAACCUCUGUUGCGCCAUUUGGAACCUCCUCUAUCCAUUUAUCUUGAAUUGGACAAACUUAAGGGCUAUGAGAAUAUACGGUAUACUCCAUCUCGUGAUCGUCAAUGGCACCUCUACACGGUUAUGGAUAACAAGCCACAACCAAUUCAAAGAAUGUUUCUUCGCACACUUCUAAGACAGCCAACCACAAAUGAAGGAUUUUCUUCAUAUCAAAGGCUAGAUGCAGAAACAUCUCGGAUCCAAUUGGCUAUGUCCUUUACUUCAAGAAGCAUUUUUAGGUCCUUGAUGGCUGCAAUGGAGGAGUUGGAACUUAAUGCACACAACGCCAAUAUAAAACCUGAGCAUGCUCAUAUGUACCUCUAUAUCAUACGGGAGCAACAAAUAGACGAUCUUGUUCCCUAUCCCAAGAGAAUUAAUGUAGAUGCUGGGAAAGAAGAAACAACAGUUGAGGCAAUUUUGGAAGAACUGGCACAGGAGAUCCAUUCAUCCGUUGGUGUAAGAAUGCAUAGAUUAGGGGUUGUUGUGUGGGAAGUCAAGCUCUGGAUGGCAGCCGUUGGACAGGCAAAUGGUGCUUGGAGGGUCAUUGUGAACAAUGUGACUGGUCAUACAUACACUGUACAUAUAUACCGAGAAAAGGAGGAUACCAACACUCAUAAAGUGGUAUACAGUUCAGUCUCGGUUAAGGGUCCACUGCAUGGUGUGCCAGUGAACGAAAAUUAUCAACCUUUGGGAGUUAUUGACCGAAAACGUCUUUCAGCAAGAAAGAACAGCACCACAUAUUGCUAUGAUUUUCCACUUGCAUUUGAAACAGCUUUGGAACAGUCAUGGGCAAUCCAACAGCCGGAAUUUCAAAGAGCCAAAGAUAAAAGUCUUCUAAAGGUAACAGAGCUUAAAUUUGCAGAGAGAGAAGGUAGCUGGGGUACUCCUCUUGUUCCUGUGGACCGUUACCCUGGACUCAAUGAUGUUGGUAUGGUAGCCUGGUUUAUGGAUAUGCGUACCCCUGAGUUCCCAUCUGGAAGAACAAUAUUGGUUGUUUCAAAUGAUGUGACCUUCAAGGCUGGUUCUUUUGGACCGAGAGAGGAUGCUUUCUUCCGUGCAGUAACUGAUCUUGCAUGUAAAAGAAAACUACCUUUAAUUUAUUUAGCAGCAAAUUCUGGUGCCCGUUUAGGUGUAGCAGAGGAAGUCAAAUACUGUUUCAGAGUUGGUUGGUCUGAGGAAUCUAGUCCUGAGCAUGGCUUUCAGUAUGUAUAUUUAACACCCGAGGACUAUGCUCGGAUUGGAUCUUCAGUCAUAGCACAUGAAUUAAAGCUUGAAAGUGGAGAAACCAGAUGGGUUAUAGAUACCAUUGUUGGCAAGGAAGAUGGCCUUGGGGUUGAAAACUUGAGUGGCAGUGGGGCUAUUGCUGGUGCCUAUUCCAGGGCAUACAAGGAAACUUUUACAUUGACAUAUGUGACUGGCAGAACUGUUGGAAUAGGUGCUUAUCUUGCUAGGCUUGGAAUGAGAUGCAUACAGAGGCUUGAUCAGCCCAUAAUUCUUACUGGUUUUUCAGCACUAAACAAACUUCUAGGUCGGGAAGUAUACAGUUCUCACAUGCAACUUGGUGGACCCAAAAUCAUGGCUACAAAUGGAGUUGUUCAUCUUACAGUUUCCGAUGAUCUUGAAGGUGUUUAUUCUAUUUUGAAGUGGCUUAGCUACAUUCCUUCUCAUAUAGGUGGUGCGCUUCCCAUUGUUAAGCCUCUUGAUCCUCCAGAAAGGCCAGUGGAGUAUUUACCAGAGAACUCGUGUGAUCCUCGUGCUGCCAUUUCUGGAACCCUGGAUGGUAAUGGAAUAUGGCUGGGAGGCAUCUUUGACAAGGACAGCUUUGUGGAGACACUGGAGGGAUGGGCUAGAACAGUUGUUACAGGAAGGGCAAAGCUUGGAGGAAUCCCUGUGGGAAUUGUUGCUGUAGAAACACAGACAGUGAUGCAAAUAAUACCUGCUGAUCCUGGUCAGCUUGAUUCUCAUGAGAGGGUCGUUCCUCAAGCUGGGCAAGUGUGGUUUCCUGAUUCUGCAACCAAAACAGCCCAAGCAAUAUUGGAUUUCAAUAGAGAAGAGCUCCCGCUUUUCAUUCUCGCUAACUGGAGAGGCUUUUCAGGAGGGCAAAGGGACCUUUUUGAAGGAAUUCUUCAGGCUGGUUCAACUAUUGUGGAGAACCUUAGAACAUACAAGCAACCCAUAUUUGUGUACAUCCCAAUGAUGGGGGAACUCCGAGGUGGUGCAUGGGUGGUUGUUGACAGUCAAAUCAAUUCAGACCACAUUGAAAUGUAUGCUGAUCGAACAGCUAAAGGUAAUGUCCUUGAGCCUGAAGGAAUGAUUGAGAUCAAAUUCAGAACAAGGGAAUUGUUGGAGUGUAUGGGUAGACUGGAUCAACAAUUGAUAACUCUGAAGGAAAAACUUCAGGAAGCCAAGAGUAACAGGGACCUUGCCGCCUUUGAAUCCCUACAGCCGCAGAUUAAAUCCCGUGAAAAACAGCUUUUGCCUGUGUAUACCCAGAUAGCCACAAAGUUUGCUGAACUACAUGAUACUUCCUUAAGAAUGGCUGCCAAGGGUGUA